AUGUGUAAGAAUGUUCUUGGCAGCAUUGUUUGUAAUAGUCUUGAACUACAAGCAAGCUGUCUGUUAAGAAUAGAAUGGGCUUUUGGCUUCGGGGUUUACCCCUUCCAGGUGGCAUGGUACAAUGAGCUUCUGCCUCCAGCCUUCCACCUGCCCCUGCCAGGACCUACCCUGGCCUUCUUGGUACACAGCACACCGACCAAGUUUGACCAGGCCCUUAAGCCCUUCUUGCAGAGCCGCCACCUCCAACCACUAACUGACCCUGUGGAUCAGUGUGUGGCCUACCACCUGAGACGUGUUAGACAGAGCCUCCCAGAGCUGCAGAUGGAAAUCAUUGCUGACUACAAGGUAUACCCCAACUGGCGCCCUAAGAUUCUGGCCCAGACAGCAGCCCAUGUGGCAGGAGCUGCUUAUUACUACCAAUGCCAAGAUGUGGAAGCUGACCCAUGGGGAACUCAGCACAUAGCAGGUGUGUGCAUACACCCCCGAUUUGGGGGCUUGUUUGCCAUCCGAGGUGUCGUGCUGCUGCCAGGACAGACGCCAGAUCUGCCACGGAGAAAGCCCCCUGACUGUGUACCUUCUAGAGCUGCCCGAAUUACCCUGCUUGAAGCCUUCAAUUUCCAUUGGUGUGACUGGACUUACCGGGAUGCUGUGACACCCCAAGAGCAUUACUCAGAAGAACAAAAAACCUAUUUUUCCACCCCACCUGCCAAAAGCUUAGCCCUGUUAGGUUUGGCCCAGACCAAAAAGGAGCCUAGCACUGUAUUCCCUGAGUUUCCCUUUACAACACUCACAAAGAAGCCCCAGAUUCCCAACAGUGCCCGGAGCUGGCUCAGCCCCAGCAUCUCACCACCUAUAUCCCCUGGCCCUUGA